AAAUUGUUGAAGAAGAAAACCCAGCAAAUACCCUCCUCCUCCUCCUCAGCUGAAGAGAAAUUUCAAUCUUCUUCCUGCAUGCUCAUCUGUUCCAAUCUAUGGGCUUUGUAUACCCUUCAGACGUUCUCAUUGUUUCAUCAAGAACCAUAAUUAGCUAAAAAAACUAAAAGAUUUCUUUUUUUUUGGCAUAAAAUUGAUCCUAGAUUCUGUUCAUUUGGUGUGUUAAUGGCAAAUGCAUCUUGGGUUUUCACUCCUACAGUUCCUAAUAUGAAUAAAAUGAAGAUUUCUCCAUCCAUAUCCAUUUCUCGAUCUGGGUUUUAUGGAAUCUCCAAGAGGGUAUCCUGCGCCAAUGCUGUUCAAGGUGUUGAUAAGCUCUCCCCUUCUGAAUCUCAGCCCACCAGGCUAGUUGGCAAGGGCUGCAAAUUAGUUGGAUGUGGUUCUGCUGUACCCACUCUUCAGGUUUCUAAUGAUGAUCUUUCAAAGAUUGUUGACACAAAUGAUGAAUGGAUCUCUGUUCGAACUGGAAUCCGUAAUCGACGAGUUCUUACAGGGAAGGAUAGAAUGACAGGGUUGGCUGUUGAAGCAGCUGCGAAAGCCCUUGAGAUGGCAGAGGUUGAUCCUAAUGAUGUGGAUCUAGUCCUGUUGUGUACAUCAACCCCAGAUGAUCUAUUUGGUAGUGCUCCUCAGAUACAAGCAGCACUUGGGUGCAAGGGAAAUCCAUUGGCUUUCGAUAUUACAGCUGCUUGUAGUGGAUUUGUAUUGGGUCUAGUCUCGGCUGCAUGCUAUAUCCGAGCUGGUGGAUUCAAAAAUGUUCUUGUGAUUGGAGCUGAUGCUCUGUCUCGUUAUGUUGAUUGGACUGAUAGAGGGACUUGUAUCUUAUUCGGGGAUGCUGCUGGUGCAGUAUUAGUUCAGGCCUGUGAAAGUGAGGAAGAUGGCUUAUUUGGUUUCGAUUUGCACAGUGACGGUGAAGGCAACAGGCACUUGAAUGCAAGCAUCAAAGAGAACGAAGCAGAUGGUUCRUUCGGUUCUAAUGGUUCGGUAUUGGGAUUUCCUCCAAAGGGUUCUUCUUAUUCAUUUGUUCAGAUGAAUGGUAAGGAGGUUUUUAGGUUUGCUUGUCGUGUGGUGCCACAAUCGAUCGAGAUUGCGCUCCAGAAYGCUGGGAUGACUCGUUCUAGCAUCGAUUGGUUAUUGCUCCAUCAGGCGAACCAGAGGAUCCUUGAUGGAGUUGCAACACGUUUAGAAAUCCCAACAGAUCGAGUGAUAUCAAACUUGGCCAACUAUGGUAACACAAGUGCAGCUUCCAUUCCGUUGGCGUUAGAUGAAGCGGUGCGUAGCGGGAAAAUCAAGUCGGGUCAAACAAUCGCAACAGCGGGAUUUGGUGCUGGUCUUACAUGGGGUUCAGCUAUUAUCAGAUGGAAAUAAAAGACUUGAAUCCAAGAGGAAGUUUGUUGGUGUAGAAGCAGCUUGGUCUAUCAUGUUUUUUUGGCUUGCUUUCCAAAUUGUGGACUUUCAAGACUAUUCUUAUUGGUUGAGUUUGAAAUACCUGAGUCUGAAUCUGUUGGCCCGAAAUUUGAUAGAUUUGUUGUCU